GGCCUACAGACUAACAGUGUGAGGCUUGGAGCCUGCAGUGCCAGUGUGGUCCAGCAUGGCCUCAGGUCAAACAGGCUAGCUCAGCUCCCAGAGGACCGAGCCCUGGCAUCAGCAGAAGUUAUUUCCAGAGUUUCUUCGCUCCCAACCUCUACAGGUCCCUGUUGGAUUGGGACCCAGUUCAUCCACACCCACCCCAAAUUCUUCUCCUGGUGAUCUUAACUUUCUCCUCUGUUCUCUUGCCCCUCCUCCCUGACCUUUGCUCUUCUGUGCUCCCUUCUGUGGGCCAGACCGUCUAAGAUCACAGCUAGUCCUGCUCCUGCUGUCUCUCUCUCAGGAGGCAGGCAGCUUGGCCAUGUGCCCUCCAGUCAGCAAGCGGUAUGAGGCAGAAGGCAUGUCCUAUCUCCAUGCAUCCUGGAUGUAUCAGCUUCAACAUGGCAGCCAGCUAAGGAUCUGCUUUGCUUGUUACAAGGCUGCCUUUCUGGACCUUAAGCAGCAGCUAGAGUUAGAAGACUGGGAAGAUGGAGAUUGGGACCCUGAGCUUAUGGAUAACUCAGAGACAGGGUCUGAGCAAGGGUCAUCCCCAGGGAUGGGGCCAAACUGGCCGCAGGGCCUAUGGCAGCCUGCACAGGGCGAGUCUGUGGGCUGGGGAUUGGACACCCUGGCAUCAGGCCCUGUGGAGUCAGAAGACAUGGACCUAGAUGAUCACUUUGUGCCCACCGAGCUGCAGCCUCAGGAUGCGGUACCCCUGGACCUGGAUGCUGAAGAUGCUGACUGGACCCAGGGCCUUCCCUGGAGAUUUGGGGGAAUCCCUACCUGUUCCCACUGGCCAAGCCCCUCUGUUCCAUGGGAGGGGUUUUUCAAAGUGGACUUGCCUCCAGGAGAGCCCAUGGUUUUGGAGCUGGGCACCACCCAGGACAUGGACCCUGUUGAGGCUGAAGCCUGUUUACUGGACCUGCAGAUCCUCUCCCUAGUGGGCUGCUAUGAUGCUGUCUACCUCCAGAAGAUGAAGCCAAAAAGGGUCCAAAUGACCUCAGAUCAGUGUUGGAAACUGCUGCUGGAGCCUGAUGAGGUGUGGGUGGUGAGACUCCAAGAUGCACCCCAGAAGCAGGAACUGCACCUCUGGAAGCUAAGCAUUCUGGAAUCCUCCCUUCCAGGGCAGACUGAAGAGCUGGUGCCUGCAGAUUCAGCCCUGCUUAAGAGGGGAUUCACCAUCCUUUCUUAUUCACCCUGGGCCAAGAGGAAGUCUGAGGAGGGGGACUCAGCCUCUAGGCCACAGUCCUCCACCCAAGGAGCGGAUGCCAGCACCAGUGGGCCCAUAGAGCCUGGGGAGAAGCUGGCUGCUGUGGGAGCCUCGGCCCUGGGAGAGCUGCCACGUUUCCAGCCCUUCAACCCAGGGUCCCAGAACUGAGGGACUGAGGUCCACAUGGUCACCAUGUCCUGGCCUCCCCAGAACAUCAGAGGCUAGAAGGACUGAUCGCUCCACAGCAGCCAGGGUAGGCAUUAGCAAUGGAUGGCGACUUGGGCCUGGGGAGGAAGAAUGGUGAGUGGCCAGAGGUUAAGAAAUGGGACCUACCACAGCCUAACAAGGAAACAACACAAAUAUCAGUAUUGAGGAGAGAAGCCACCUAUCAUGGAGUUAGGAGCAUGAAGCCGACAAGGAUGCGCUGGUGUGAACGACUGCUGUAGAAUGUGGCAUGAAGAGCAGGGUGCAGAGCCGUGCCCUUGACUUGUAGA